GAGCUACUUGAUUCCGUUACCACAACAAACACCACCACCACCACCACAACAACAACAACACAAAACACAAACACUAAUACGCAAGCCGAAAUCCUUCUACGGAGUAGACUAAGCGUCAACUUCCGCGAACUCGGCACCGAAAUCGUCGACCGCAUCCUCAUGGACGCGCUGAUGGGAUUCGGCGCGCUCCUUGUCGGCACGGGCACCAUCAUGGCGAUCUUCGGAGCGAACCACCACGUCUACGUCGCGAGUAACUUGCUGAGCGGGUACAUAGGCAAUGGAUUAGCAGCAGUAUUCGGGCUCGUCAAUGCGAUCUGGUCGGGAUAUUUGGUAGGCAGGUUUCAGGUUUGCUGGGGUGUUUGCCUUAAUAUCACCGAUACAAACACCACAACAAGGGAGGUAAACAACCAUGUGACGGAAGUCACCACCAUCACCACCACAGAUACAGACCUGGAAGCAGAAGUGAAAAUGUACAAAGACCCCCUGAAGCUCCGCUUCCGCAGCUUGCAAUUCCAUGCGCUCGUUAAUGGGAUUAACGGGCUUGUGGCGGGCGCAGCGAGCAUGGUUACAGCAACGAUGUGGUACGGGUAUGUGGUGUUGGUGCCGUGCAUUGUGAGUUUGAUCGCGUGUAACUGGUUUUGGAGGGUCAGGGUCGGGUAUGAUCGGCCUUUGUUGUCUUCGAGUACUUCUGCUUCGUUGUUGUCAACUGCGGGUGCAGGGAGGCGAGGUGCUGGUGGUGGUGGUACAGCUACCCCUACUACCAAUGGAAAUGGGGGAAGUGGAGGGAAUGAAAAAACCGACCUCCUCCUCGACCUCAGCAGCGCGACACAUCUCCAUCGCUUGCUUGCAUCAUCCACCAAAGACAGUGGGAUACAGUUACCCCGACACAUCCUCAACCGCCAGAACCCAUCGUCCGUCAUGUCUUUCCUUACCCGGAAUGGCAUGUUCGAGGGGUUCUGCGUCUGGAUUGAUCAUGAUAAAACCCUAGAAAGGGGCGUGGAGGAUUUACUUGAUCUUGACUCAUUAAUAACCUCCCCUGAGGGGAAUAACAAUAACGAAAAGCCUAACGAGGAGACUAUCAAUGAAGAAGAGGAGAAGGGCAAGGAACUCUCCCUCACAGCCGACGAUUUCUUGACUCUCGCGCGCCACGACAGCGACAUCCUCCUGCGGAAGAUGAACGAGUAUCUGGAUGGGAAUGUUGUCCGGGCUGUGGCGUAUCGCGAGAGGUUUUUGUUGGAGGUGUUGGGGGUGGUUGUCUAUUUGGAAUCUAUCCCUAAGGAUAAUGAGGAGGUGGAGAGGAAGAGGAGGUGGUGGUUUGGGUGUUUAUAAAGUUGUGGAUUUUAUACUAAGUAGUACCUGGUGUAUUAUGUGGUAUGUGCUGGACACAGAUGAUGGUGGGUGGUGUGUGUGUGCAUGCUUGCGUGCAUUAGCUUGAUUAUUUUUUUUCGCUCUGGAUAUGCUGUAUAUGCUGGCAUAGAUUACUAGAUUAAUAUUGAUGUGGAUGGGAUGGGAUGGAUUGGGUAAUGUACUAAUAAUGUAUCAUGUG